GAGCCAAAAAAAAAAAAAAAAAAAAAAAAAAAAGGCUCUCUUCUGCGAUUUAAUUAUUUAUUUAUUUUUAUUUUUUCCAAAUUAGCCGGACCACUCAGGGACCGUAGGGUUAAACAUCUCAGCCGCAGCCAGCAGCUUUACGCAUGACUUGGCGGAGCGUGCCAUCUCUCUUCCAGCAGCGCCCGGGUCCAGCCGCUUUUUGACGCACGGAAUACCAGAGGAGGAAAAAAAAAAAAUCUGCAGCUGCAAACACAAACAGAUCGGUUUGUUUUUCCUGUCAUUUAUUUUAAAGGACACCUGGUGUUUAAAAUGGAACCUUUGCGCAUCUUGACUGCGUUGGUUUGGAGAAAGAGGUGCUUCACCUCCCUCCUGACAGUUCUGCGUGGUCAUGACCUGUCAUCACGCUCCUUCCACAGCCCACCUCUUCCUAUUGGUCCUGCUUAUCGUCACUCCACAGCUAGCCACCGCCGCCCCUGCGUGGGGUGAGGAAGGGGCYGGAGGGGUGGAGGGGCACACCCGGACAGACCAUAAAGAGGACAGCCUCGGCUCCUUCCUCGCGCCUCCACCCCAGACUCUACCCGACAAUGACAGCUCGCUGCCAGACCGGGGUCAGGGCCUGGGCCAAGAUAACCAAUUAGUUAAAGCGAGGGACCCUGGGCGUGUGCUCGCUGUGCUUUUGGAGUCCCUCGACCACCCGGGGGAUGGCGAAAUCUUUGCGAGCAGAAACAGAGACUGGGAGGAGGAUCAGAGGCAGAAGCCGCCCUCCGCUGAAGGCGUGGAGGGUGGCGAGAUAAGGAAAUCAGAGCAGACAGAGGGGGACGGGGGGAUGGAGGAGGACAAGGAGGGGCGASAGGCUGAUAAGGCUAUUGAAGAGGUAAUUCUAGGCCAUUUGGCAACUGUUCAGGGGGAUAAAAUCAAAGAAAAGGAGAAAGAGGGGAAUAAAACAACAAGGUCGGACGAAGAUCAAAAGUGGCCCAAGCAGGAUGUUGAUAUUGUAAAUGAGGAAGGCAGGGAAACUGAAGAAGAGGAGCUGGGGGAGGAAAACGCCCCAGACAAAGGCAGAGCAGGUUCCACCUCACAGGAAGACGAUCCCUCUUUGGAGCGCAAAAUCAGAGGCUACUUCCAGAACAUCGACUUGGGUCUCCAAGACAAUGAGAUCCUGCCUCCUCUGAAGGGCUACAAGGCGUACAACACUCAGCUGGCUCGGGCCGGGAAAAAGCUGCACUGGCAGGACGAGGUGUCACGCAACAGGCCCGUCAAGGGCGGCAACUUCAUGGACGACUUCGAAGAUGAAGGAGAGGAGCUGGAGGAGGAGGUCAAGGCCGAAGAGGAGAGCCUCUCGUACAUGGAAGAGGAGGCGAGGGCGCGUGCGGAGAAGCAGGAGGUCCUCCGGCAGCAGGAGGAGGCGGAGCGGGCCAGGGAGGAGGAGCAGAGGCUGGCGGACAUUGCCUCGGACAUGCUGCUGCAGUACAUGGGCCGGAAGCAACAGUCCUACAUGAAGCCGCGGCAGAAGAGCAGCAACACGGCGGAGGACAAGCGAUCGGAGGAGAUCCUCCCCGACGAGGACGACCUGGACCAGCAGAUGAUCGACAGGCUGAUCGAGAUCAGCAGCAAGCUGCACCUGCCUGCCGAUGACGUGAUCGAGAUCAUCAGCGACGUGGAGGAGAAGAAGAAGAAAAGGAAAGAGUUGCAGCAGCAGCCGAUCGGUAACAAUCCAGCCGCCCCACGCUUCAGACCUCUGGUACCUCCUCCUCUGGCUGCUCCACCUAUUUACCACUACACAGCCUCAAAAAACCCCAAGAAAGCUCCUUAUAGGUACAACAAAUCCAACAAGAAAUGGCACAAGGAUAAAGUCAAGUCAUACAAGCAGGACUACUGGUAUAAGCCUCAGAAGCAGCUUGACUACUGGUAUAAACCCCAGAAGCAGUUUUUAGCUUUCCCCUCCUAUCCAUAUUACCAAAAGCCAUAUCGCGCCUACUACCCUGUUUACUUCCCAUAUCCUAAGCCACAGUAUUAUGGCAAUCCUCCCCCCUCCAGAGACCAGCCCUUCGGCCCCCAGGAACUCGAUCUCCAGGCCCCAAAGCGCAGGCACAGGGGCGGGGGUAAGAGCCGUGGCCAAGGAUGGAGGCAGCAGCUCCCUUCUCGCCUGCCUCUCACCCCUUAUAUCUCUAACUAUAUCCUUCCUCACCCACGGACCUACCAACCUCUGCCCCCUCCCAAACCAGUCAUCACACCCAGGAGGGGCAGACGACCCCCCUACUACUACCCGCAAGCCACACCGGGAGACGACUACGAAGAAGACGGACUGGUGCCUCAGCUGGACAGUGAGGAGGAGCUGGAAAACUUUAUCGAGAGGAUCUACAUGAAGCGCAAAAUGUACUAAGGGACUCUUUGGGACGCUGUCUGCUCAGAGGGACCGGUGGAGGGGGGGUGGAUUUAAAGGACAAAGGCAAAAACAGAGGUGAAAAUAAGAACUCAUGGGAGACAUAUGUUUUGAGCCUGAUGGAAAUUUUAGGAUUCGAUGAGUUCAGCAACAGUUAGAUGUAUAUUUUUUUUGUUGUUUUUCACUGUAAUUCAGUUGAGUUUUCUCAGUCAGGGAGAAGAAGAAGAGGUUCCACUUUAAACUCCCUGUCACCAUGUUAAGCCUCUUGGUCA